GUGAUGUUCCCUUCAUCUCCCUGUGGAGAUGAAGGGAACAUCACUCUCACUGAAGAGGAGAUCGUCGCCGAGCGCGGCCACGCGGACGUAGCCGCGAGCGCCGGCUCGAGGCCGACAGAACCUGCUCCCCACUUCACCCAAGAGUUCCUAUCCACGCUGAUCGAAACGAUUACGCGUGCGCAGGUGGAAGCUAAUAGGAGUCUCGUUAACACGCUGAUGGGAUCCGGCGGCGACUUCAGAGCAUCCACCCCAGUCGGGCCUCCUCCAUUUUCCAACGCGACCGGCGGUGGUACCGCCGUCGCAGCCCCGCCGUGCAGCGAGGCUAACUUCGUGAAGUGCACGGCGAGAUUCGACGGGACCUCCCCGGACGCUGAGGUCCUGGAAGCAUUCCUGGACGCCGUCGAGAUCUACAAGGAGUGCGCAGCAGUGAGCGACGAACACGCCCUGCGUGGGCUACCCAUGCUCCUGGAAGGCGAAGCCGCCGUGUGGUGGCGCGGCGUAAAAGCGUCGGUGACAACAUGGGCGGACGCGACCGCGCGCCUCCGUGCGACCUAUGGCGUCGCGCAGCCCGCGCACCUCAUCCUGCGCGAGAUCUUCGCGAGGGAACAGCAGGAAGAACGUGCGGAGUCAUUUAUAUGUAGAGUGCGCGCGUUAAUCGCUAGGUUGCCUUACACUCUAGAUCAGACGUUGCAAACAGACAUUUGUUACGGCUUAUUACAUAGACGCGUAGUGAAACGUGUGCCGCGAGAUAGUGUUCGUGGGUUAGACGACCUAUUACAUAAAGCUAGGAUCGCGGAGGAUACCUACAAAGCGUCUAAGGUUAAUUCCGAUAAUGUUAGUAGUAAAAAUUCGAUCAAAACAUCGGUGUCAUCUACUACCGACUGCAUUCUCACGCAAUCGGGUUCCGCGACCACGGGCGCGACUUCGUCACGUUGCAACAACAGAAGUAGACCGCGUUGUAGUUUUUGUAAGCUCUUUGGGCAUGUUAGCGACGAGUGUCGUAAUCGCGAGAAGGCUUAUAGCAAAAAUAAUAAUAAUACAACACCUAGGGAGGUGCGUUGUUAUGGAUGUGGCAAGCAGGGAGUCGUGAGGUCGAAAUGUGAUGUUUGCGUGAACACAACGUCGAAGUCCGACGACAAAAUAUCUUUCAACAAACUUGAUGUAGAUUUUUGUAAGAAUAACGUCGAUGUCAGUAAUAAUUCUCGUAGUUACACUAGUAGGGUUGAUACUAAUUCGUGUGUAAGCAUUACAAGUGCAUAUCUAGGUUCGCGCGACGAUCACCCAAUGAUAAAUAUUAGUGUCGCGGGCCGUAGGGGCGUGGCCGUUGUAGAUACCGGCGCCACGCAUAGCAUAGCGAGCCCGCUCUUACAUCGAAUAUUAGUUAACUCGGGAGUUCGCUUUACCGAAACGAGACGUUUCGUGCGCCUAGCCGACGGCACACAAGGUUGGAGGGACUUGCUGUCAGCCGAGACAGAGGUUAUCAUUGCAGGCCGACGAAUAAUGUGCAAGUUCCUAGUGUUGCCUGGUAGGAAUGUUAGGACUCUGUUAGGUGUAGAUUUCUUGACUCGGGCCGGCAUGGUUAUAGACGUCGCCCGACGUACAUGGUCGUUCACGGACAGUCCGGAACGACGGUUUGAUUUAGUGUGCACUUACACCUUAGGUUCGAGCAAUAGCGCCGACGCCAGUCUAUUGCACGCUGCUUCUGCCGAUGACCUAGCACCGCGACCGCGUGAAGGUAAGUUUACCCCCAUGCGGCGGCGUACGCCCAACGCGUUCAUUAAGGACCGUGCGCCGCGAGCCGCGCGCGAUGUACCCGCGUCGAAGGGCGCUGCGCCACAGGCUGCGCGUCGUCGUAAUAAAGUAAGUUCACGUCUAAAAGGCGGGAUCAAGGUCGAUGCAGACAAGACUGCAGAUGUCGCCAACCUGGCUGCUCCGCAGAACGUUAAGCAACUAGAGUGGUUCUUGCACACGUCGUGUAGGUAUCGACGCUUCAUAGGUAACUAUGCAGGAAUCGCGAGACCCCUCACUGACCUCCUGAAGAAGUCGAGUGCCUGGCAAUGGGGCACCGAACAACAGGAGGCGUAUGAGCGCAUUAAGUCUCUGAUCGUUUCCGCUCCUAUUCUCCGCCAAGCGGACGCGUCAAAGCCAUUUAUCCUCAGUACUGAUAGCAGCGCCUAUUGUCUUGGGGCUGUUCUCAUGCAGGGGGAGGGCCAUGACGAACAGCCAAUCGAGUACGCGAGCCGACUCCUCACUACUACCGAGAGGAAUUACUCCACGACUGAGCGAGAGACUCUCGCCGUCGUGUGGGCACUCGGUAAGUUCCGCGGGUAUGUGGAAACAGCGAAGGUCACUGUUAGGACUGACUACCAGCCCUUAGGGUGGCUGAUGGGUCAGAGGUCACCUAGCGGUAGACUGGCCAGAUGGGCCCCGAUGUUGCGAGAGUUCGAUCUCAGCAUUGAGUACACACCCCGUCGCUCACAGGUAGUUGCAGGUACCAUUUCGCGACCCGUAAGUGCAGGCGACCAGGACGAGUGUGACUUAUCCAUGAUCAGCAUCGAUAUGCCAGAAAGAAGCAGCCGUGUUCGCAGCAGUCAGCCGAUGGACCCCAGAGGUGCGUAUGAGUAUCGAGGACAUGGAGUCCGACGAACCCUCUAGGGGGAGACCACGGUCUGACCGCCGAUACGAGUACACCUUCUCUGACGAUACUAGGCAGAUUACUCUCUUAUAGGUAUCUAGGAUAGGUAAAGUUAUCAGCUUAACAACUCACGGUAUGGAGAGCUUACAGACCGGGAGGGACGUAGGCAAAUACCACGUUUCGCACCUCACGCCCUUCGCGGGCCAAGUAGAGCUUCCCGUCCGCGAGAAACGCAAGCGUGGCAGACCGCGCAGGUAUUUAGACUAGCCCAACAGUGGGGACACUUAGUUAGGCUAGAGGGGGAGGAUGUAGCGCGAGUAUUAAAAAAACAACGCACGUAGUCUAUGGUGCGACUACUCUGUGGUUGCAACGUCACGCGGUCGUCCAAUGAGAGCGCGUGAACGACCACCUCUCCCGACCGCCGCAAUCUCGCGCGCCAGCGCAGCCAUUGCGAGCGGUGAGAGAGAGAGCGCCCCGACCACCGACACGUACGGACGUGUUGUGAUAUCCUCCGCGGCUCUAUAUCACGCCAUCAUUGUUUAAUCCACUUCUUUCGAUUCCGCCAUUUUGUGUAACAAGUUUUCUUUAUUAAGUUUUUUAGUCUCGUGUUCGUUAAUGUUAAGAAUUGUGUAAAUAGUAAUAAAAAAGUGAUUGACUAUAAAGUGCCGCUUUAUUUAAAACAUCCACUGAGUCCGGAAGUGGCCCUUAAACUGGCUCCCAACUUAGUGGUUAUUACACGUUUUAUUUUUAAUUUCAAAUCAAAACCUAUUUAUCUUUAUAUCAUUCUUUCAUCUUUGUUCACGAAAGUUCGAGACUUCGUUUUUCGUUGAAUUAGAACAGACCUCACGACGUGAAACAACGCUUGCGUUGUGUUUCGUUGUGCGAGUGAGUUUACCUGAGGCCUUUUUAACCCCCUCCCCAAUUUCACGGAUCCCCAAAUACCCAUCAUCAUCAUCAACAGCCUAAACGUGGCCACUGUUAACCAAAGGCCUAAUCUCGUAAGGAUCUUGCUUGCUCAAUACGGAUUGGCAAAUAACCAACAAUCUUCAAAGUCCUAUUCCCUCAAAAAGAUCGGCAACGCACUUGUAACGCCUCUGGUGUUUCCAAUGUCCAUGGGCGGCGGCGAUUGCUUACCAUCAGGUGAUCCGUCUGCUUGUUUACCGGCUUAUACCAUAAAAAAAUAAAUAAAAUGUAUACAGAACCAAUUGAAAGUUUUAUUGCAGCUAUUAAAAAUAGUGUGAUGCAACAAAAACCCGUUUAUUUAAGUCAUAAUGUUGAUAUACAUUGCCUUGAUACUUUGUGUGUUUUCAGUAUCCACAACAGCGUUCCCAGCCACCGACAGGACAGUAAGCGUCAUAACUUGGUCAAACUUACUGAGCAACCCUUACCACCCAGAAGAUACCCCCAAAUCAGCAUCAGAUGACUCAGUCAGUGCUGAUAAUGAGAAGUUCGAGGUUUCUUUACGCACGGAGCGAGUCAGUGCGGAGUUUACAAGCACGCACAAAUGGAUUGAUGAUAAACGGUUGAUGAUCAACGACCAUUUGUUUGAUUUGAAUAAAAAGUGAUGUUUUAAAUGUUUAUAGGGUUAUAAAAAUGGUAUAUUAAAAGAAGUGAAUAUUU